UAUUAAAAUGAAUCUUAAAUCUGAUUUUUUUUAAGUAUUUUCUUUCAGUGAACAUCUCAAAGCAGCUUUGUCAAUCACUGUCAUUUAAUGGGAAACCCUUGAGUUUAUGGAAUAAUUAAAGAAUUCCCUUUAACUAGCUUAAAGCACAAUGAAUUCCAUCUCAGUUACCAUUUAAUCAUGGCCUCAACCACUUUAAACUUAGGUGAAAAAUCGGAGGAUAAUCAGGACGAUGUUCGCCUGCCCAAGGAGCAGCCACCAUCACCCUUCUUCGAAACAAAGACCUUUCGUAUAAUCUCGAUCUUUCUGUAUCUUGGAGGGAUCAGUGGCCUGGGCAUGGUGCUGGCUUUGUACUAUCUCAUCUUCUUCGACUCCAGCAUGCCGGACAUCCACCUUAAGUUCCCCGUCUCCAUUGGCGGCCAUCCAGUGCAGAAAGUACACGAGUACCAGUGACCAUUUGACCUAUCCACCUAUGUGAUAAAAUUGUGAUACCCGAAAAAAUAGCCAUUCGCCUCCUGAACUCAUCGGAAGUGACCGCGGAGCAGUUCUACAAGCACAUCCUCGAGCAGUACCGUAUCCUCAGUCAC